AUGAAUUUCUGGAGGAAAAUGAAGAGGUCAGACUGGGUCUUCCCCACUGUUUUGCUCUCUCUUUAUGGUUUCUUUGCCAACUGCAGACCAGCAGAGCCUUUUCUUACACCUUACUUGGUGGGACCCAAAAACAUCUCAGAGGAAGUGGUAACAAACUACCUGUUCCCCAUCUGGACGUACUCAUAUCUGGCUGUACUCUGUCCAGUCUUCCUGUUGACAGACUUACUUAGAUACAAACCUCUAAUAAUAACUCAAGGUCUUUUUCUUGUCAUAAAUUACAUACUUCUGUGCUUUGCUACCAGUUUAAUUGCUCUGACCUACCUACAGUUCAACUUUGCAAUGGUCACCUCCACCGAAGUGGCCUAUUUUUCAUAUAUCUACAGCGUCAUUUCUCCUGAACGCUACCAACGAGCCACGGGGUACGUUCGCAGUGCCAUGCUGACUGGAUAUGCCUUUGGAGCCACAUUAGGACAGCUAUUAAUUUCACUGGCUGACACAAGCUACUUCCAUGUAAACACUAUUACUCUGGGUAUAAUGUCAGUGGCUUUCUGUAUUUCUUUGGGCCUGCCGAUGCCUCAGCAUGGAAUGUUUUUUAAGAAAAAGGCGGAGGUGUCUACGGACACACUGAAUGAGGUUACAGAUGCAUUUGGGGGAGAAACGGAUCUAAGAAAGCAGGCUACGGGAACAUGCUGCGAUUGGGGAAACAUUAAAACCUCAGGAAAACAAAUGUGGGAGAGUCUCAAAGAGUCCUACUCCUCCAGAAGGCUGGUGCAGUGGUCCCUCUGGUGGGCUUUGGCUACAGCUGGAUAUGGACAGGUUUUUAACUACGUUCAGCUGAUGUGGGACCACAUUGAGCCCUCCAGUACAUCCUCCGUGUAUAAUGGGGGAGUAGAGGCGGUCUGCACACUUGUAGGUGCGGCGGCAGCUUUCUCUGUGGGUUAUAUCAGAGUACAGUGGGAUGUGUGGGGCGAGCUCUCGCUGGGUGUUUUCUCUGCCAUAGGAGCAGGGUGUGUCUUUCUCAUGGCCCUCACUAACAAUAUCUGGCUGUGUUAUGCAGGCUACGCUAUCUUCAAAGCAUCAUACAUGUUCCUCAUCACAGUCACAAUGUUUCAGAUAGCGGUGAACCUCUCAAUGGAAUGUUAUGCUCUAACUUUUGGUAUUAACACUUUUUUUGCUCUUACACUUCAAACUAUACUUACUGCUAUUGUGGUGGACAAUUCAGCCCUGGGACUGGACAUUGGGACACAAUUUCUUGUAUAUGGAGGUUACUACAGCACCAUCUCUGUGCUCUUCCUCACGCAAGGCUUGUACACAAUUUGUAAGAAUUACCGCAAAUCUCCAGCUGAAACCAAUACAGACCGGCCACCCUCUACCACUCUGGAGGAUAAAUAGGGAUCAGACAGACAUCUUGGUCCACAAAAU